CCCGUGAAAUGUACCAUCCCCAUAUCCUUGUUUCAAGACCUUAUAUUUAAGUCCGUGGGGUAGGGUGGGAAUGGAACAAAGCAGUGUCAUUUAUGUUCCAAUACAGUUCUUUCGUGUUUUUCAUAUUUAUUAUAAUUAAUUUGAAGUUGAAUGUUAGUUUUUCGACCGUUUAGUAUUCAAACUAGAGUGUACUUAUAACUUGAGAUGCCCUUGCGUCUUUAAAAAAAAAACAGAUGGUUAAACCGUGUGCGGUACCGCGGUGUAAAACCGGCACAACAAAACUGACGGAAAAGUGCUCGGUGUUUAAAGUGCCGUCAAACAUCGAACAGUAUAAAAAGUGGAAAGCUGUUAUCCCUGGAAUUGUUGAUCUCAAACAAACUCAAUAUAUUUGUGAAAAACAUUUCGAAGAAAAAUAUAUUCUGAGGAAAUGGAUAAAACAUGACUCGAAUGGCAAGAUCAUUGCUGAGGCUGAGUAUGCACGACCUCGGCUGGAUCCACUCGCUAUUCCAUCAAUAUUCAGCAGCACUACAUCAAAACAACCAGGCACCACUCAAAAUGCUACUGAAGAUUGUGCUUUGGAAGAACCCUCGACUGUACACGAUUUGCCUCAAAUUGAGCCUACUGGUACUUCAACAGUCUGUUCCUCUGAUGUUGAAUUGUCCAGAGAUAACUUGAAAGACGUUUUAGCUCGAGGCAAAGAUGAUACACAAGAGCCGCCAACGGCAACUAUAGAUACACCAGGAACUACUGAAGAAUUCUCCGUGGAAAAAAUAUUGGAUAAAAGAACGAGAAAUGGGAAAAUAGAGUAUUUAUUGAAGUGGAAGGGUUACAACGAGGAGGACAAUACAUGGGAGCCAGAGGAGAAUUUAGAUUGUCCAGAUUUAAUAGCAGCUUAUGAAGCACAAUUUGAAUUAACUUCUACAGCAGAAGACUCAGAUAAAUCGAAAAGGAAAAAUAUAACUGAAGAUAAUAGAGCUAGAGGUUUUGAUAGAGGACUGGACCCGGCUAAAAUUGUUGGGGCAACAGAUGCAAGUGGUGAACUGAUGUUUUUAAUGAUGUGGAAAAACUGCAAAGAAGCUGAUUUAGUUCCAGCCAACCAAGUAAAUGCCAGGUGUCCAGAAGUUGUUAUCAAUUAUUACGAGAAUAAAAAACAGUGGUACAGCAAAAGUCCUGUUAUUGAAUUAGAUUAAGGUAAAAAUAAAGAACUAUUUCAAACUUA